GCAAAAGAUCAAAAAUGUCUUCUAUUAGUGAACAAAGACCAGCAAAGACUCACGAAACCGGUGGUAAAACUGCUUUCAAAGAUUAUUUGGAGCAUUUUGCCCAUAUUGAAGAUCCAUUAGAAAGAAGAAGAUUGGCAUUAGAAGAAAUUGAUAAUGCUGGAUUUGGAUGGACUCAAGUGAAGAUGAUUUUAAUUGCCGGGGUUGGUUUCAUGACUGAUUCUUACGAUAUUUUUGCCAUCAACAUGGGUAUUACCAUGAUGGGUUAUGUUUACUGGGGAGGUAGUAUUCCUGACUCCACCACUACUUUAUUGAAGGUUUCCACUUCGGUUGGUACCGUUAUUGGUCAAGUUGGUUUUGGGACUGUUGCCGAUAUCGUUGGUCGUAAGAAGAUUUAUGGUUUGGAAUUGAUUGUUAUGAUUUGUGCUACCGUUUUCCAAUGUACCAUUGGUAAAUCUCCAGCUGUUAGUUUUGUUGCCUUGUUAACUUUCUUGAGAAUUAUUAUGGGUAUUGGUAUUGGUGGUGAUUAUCCAUUAUCUUCGAUUAUUUCUUCCGAAUUCUCCACUACCAAAUGGAGAGGGGCUAUCAUGGCUGCCGUUUUCUCUAAUCAAGGUUUAGGUCAAUUAUUGGCUGGUAUUGUUGCCAUGAUUUUGGUUGCCGGUUAUAAAGAUACUUUGAUUGUUGCUGAUACCGCCAAAGAAUGUGGUCCUGCUUGUAUUAAAGCUUGUGAUCAAAUGUGGAGAGUUUUAAUUGGGUUUGGUUGUGUUCCUGGUAUGAUUGCCUUGUAUUAUAGAUUAACCAUUGCUGAAUCUCCAAGAUAUGCUCUUGAUGUUAAUGAACACGAUGAUGUUCAAAAAGUUGCCGAUGCCGAAGCUGCCAUUGAUGUUGAAGCUAAAGAAAUUGCUCCUCCAAAAGCUUCCUUCAAAGAUUUCUGGAGACAUUUUGGUCAAUGGAAAUAUGGUAAAAUUUUAAUUGGUACUGCUGGUUCUUGGUUUUUCCUUGAUGUUGGUUUCUAUGGUUUAAAUUUAAACUCGGCCACCAUUUUACAAACUAUUGGUUAUGCUUCUUCAAAUAAUGUCUACUGGAAAUUAUAUAACUCUGCCGCUGGUAACUUGAUUUUAAUUUGUGCUGGUUUAUUACCAGGUUAUUGGGCCUCAGUUGCUACCGUUGAUACUUUGGGUAGAAAAACUGUUCAAUUAGGUGGAUUUAUCAUUUUAACCAUUUUAUUCUGUGGUAUUGGUUUUGGUUACCAUAAAUUAAACGAUCACGGUUUGUUAGCCUUAUACGUCUUGUGUCAAUUUUUCCAAAAUUUCGGUCCUAAUGUUACUACUUUUAUUAUUCCUGGUGAAAUUUUCCCAACCCGUUAUAGAUCAACUGCUCAUGGUAUCUCUGCUGCUUGUGGUAAAGUUGGUGCCAUUAUUGCUCAAACCUGUAUUGGUACUUUAAUCAAUCACGGUUGUUCUGCUGAUAACAAGAAUUGUUUCUUGAAUCAUGUCAUGGAAAUUUUUGCUCUUUUCAUGUUGUUAGGUAUCUUUACUACUUUAUUACUUCCAGAAACUAAAAGAAAAACUUUGGAAGAAAUUUGUGAAUUAUACCAUGAUGAAGUUGAUACUACUAAACUUGGUAAAGAUCGUUAUGCUACUACUCAAGAAGAAUCCUAUGAUUCUGAUUUGAAACAAUAA